AUGUCUCACUCACCGUUAUUUCGCACCCGAUUCAAGUCUUCGGUUUCCUCCUCAAGGAUGGCUUCGAAGGAAGCUUUAAAAGUCAGAGAGCGGCUUUCCCAACUCACCCAGGGUCGUAUAAUAUCCGUAGACGACCACCAAUUCUGGGACCCAAUAUGGACCACGAAGCUCUCUUCCUCCGAGUUAUUCGAACUCAUCUCGCCUCACGAGCUCGAUGUGAUCAGGACUCAAAACCAUACCAAUUACAACACCCUAGUGACCAAAGUUGCCAAGCAAAUCGUCCGCUUUGGUGAAAAUGGCAACAAAACCACCCUAAUAGCCUGUGUUCGCAUAUUAACCAAAAUCAUACCUCCUCUUUAUCACAAACAAGGGUAUGGAGAAAAUGUCGAAUCACAAAUAUUCUUCGAAACCGAAGCAAAAAACCUCCAAAACACCCUUGGAUACAACCUUAUAACCUCAUUAGUGGACUACCUUUUCCUUCCUGGUUUCACCCUCGAAAAUAAUGCUUCGGAACUAGACCUUUGGGAACCGGGCAUUUGUCGAUCCUUCAAAUAUACCACACCAAAUUUGGUUUUCGAAGCCAAUCGAUACGAAAUCUUGAAGCUCAUACUUACGUUGAGCUCCACCACAUUUUACGGAGACCCCAAGCUGAUGGUUCUGAGAGGUUCCAGAUUCCUUACAGUUCUAGUAACGAGUGUUCAGCGGCCUAAAUUGAUCACUUUAAGCGCUUCGCUUCUCAAUGUCUUCUUACGAUGGACGAAACGGAACUCCGACGAGAGCAUAGUUCUCUACGACAACCCUCUGCUCACAGAACUACAUUAUCUUUACAUCACCACCGCAGCCAAUUUGCUAACGGCUAUGCUCGUAUACCCUCUUCCGAGCAGAACUUAUCUCGAAUUUUUGGGUUUGCCAGAAGAAAAAAAACCUUUAAACACUUGCAGAGCGUUCUUCUCCAAAUACAGCAAUGAGCAGGGCAUAUCGUUCAUGGCUUCGAAUUUGAUAGCCUACCUUCGCAGCAAUAUGCUGCCGAGAGAUCAAGCCGGAAGAGUGGCUUCGCAACCUCAACUUUCAACUUGGACCAAUCAAGCACUGGUGUUGUUAUGGGAACUAACUCAAUGUAACCAACACUUCCGACGCUAUUUGAUAGAGAAAGAGAUAAAGGACCUUUUCAUGAUCUUGUUCUAUAACGUCUUUGCAUUAUCCAACCAUGGUAGUGAGAAAGCUCUGGUCCAAAUAUCUGCAUACUUUCUCCUAUACAUGUCUUCAAAAAAGGAGUUCUUGGUGCCAUUGAUGGAGCCUAUAGAUGCUUCAUUCUAUGAAAGUCUACCAGCCAGCUAUAAACUUGCCAUGAAGCCUCUGACUACACGGGAUUUUCUUGUGCUGCAAAUUUGCAACAAGUUGCUUUCAAACUCAUUAUACGUCACCAAAUCAAAGUCGUUGAUCACCUGCCUCGUCGAGAUCCUAUAUAACCUUACCACUGUCAUAGGAAAGCCAGGAACGUGGGAAACAGACGAUCCUAACAAAAGACUUUCAAAUUAUAAUUCGUAUGGGGGCUUGUCAUAUGGGUCCUCAUUGCUGCUUUGCCAAGUGGUGACAAAGUUUUCUGAAAAGUCGUUUUUAGUUCAGGACUCUGUACACGCUGAUUUACUCGCUAUAGUAUUGCGUGCCAUUUGUACUGCAGCGUUAAAGUAUCCUGUUCCAUCUAGGAUGCUAAUACUUUCCAUCCUAAAGAACGAAAAGUUGUAUGAUCAUGUCUGGAACAUGAUACAAACCAUAGAGAAGUAUGAGCAUGAGACCACAGAUAAAGAGGUAGACUACUUUAACGAGAGCGAAACAGAAAAUCUGCCUUUACAAACUCCGGGAGAUACCUUCAAUUCUAGCCUAUUCAUCGCCAACACCAACGAAGGUGCCAUGCUUGACACUGAGUCAGGUCCAGGUCCAUUGAAUAAAUCUCGAACUAGUCCAGGUGGAUUUGAUGAGGAAUCAAUUUUGGACGCACUUCGUCCUCAGCCUCUUACGGGAAUGUCCAAAAGGGCUCGUGAGAAGCAGCCAAUGGCACGGCCAUUGCAUCGCACCUGGGCAGGUAAUGAUCCUUUGCAUAUAAUUUUGACGGUUCUUAUACCGUAUCUCAAGCUUGAAUUGGCAGAUUUAUGGGAAAAGCAAGGAGAAGAUAGAAAGCUCAACUUGAACAGCUUCACCGUCAUGAAACGAUUAGAAAAAGUGAACUAUGAAACCAUGUUGUCUGCCACCAACAUUUCCUCCGAUUAUCUUCCUCACACUUCUUUACCUAUGCUCGUCUUCGGCUGGAACAAAAUCUCCUUAGCAUGGUACAUCUCCUUGAUUCAAAGCGAGUGUUAUAAUAGCGAAGAGUACGUUCGAAAUUACUUGGGAAAAUUCAGCAAACUUACCAAGAGCAUAGCAUUGUCAUUAACAAGUAUAGGGAGAUUUGCUAGUGGUUUAUCUGGUUUUUCAAAACCAGUAUUACAGCCCAGUGAUUCAGAAGCGGUAAACUUUCAUGUCACCGAUGCCUUAACCACUACCAACCAAUGGGCACGCACAGAUAUCUCUUCCUUUCAAGUUGAACAACCACAGGCUACUGGGCUCUUUGGAGCCAUAGCUGCUAAGGUCGGUUUUGCAUCGUCGCCCCAGGCUAUCCCAGGCUCUCCUGGAACCAACGAUAUGUCCCAUACGCUCGUUCGAAGAAUCAGCGACUUGAGAUUGAGUAACAGUAGUCGAACAAGUAUAUCUUCAAUUGCGUCUGGAUUGAGUACACCUCAAGAAGAGCAGGAUCCGGUCUUUCCAAGAUCACAGUCCAGAAAUUCAGUGUCGUCGUUGCAUUCUUUAAAUACUCUUAAUCGUUCGCGGUCGAACACACCGAGAAACUCCAUUAGCUUAUAA